GCUUGGCAGGUUGGACAUAAAGUGACAGACUUCACCUCCUUAAAAUUGGAAGAAAAACCGAAGGACGACGCGUUUCAAGUUUUAAAACAGUAAGGAACCCACAUGAGACAAAUAGGCUGUGAAUAGUCUGUGUGUAACCUGAGAUAUAAUCAUGUUUACAGUACAUAAUUAGCCUUAAUGCUGUUACGCUGAAAGCAGCCAGCCGGCCAACCGAGUCGUGCCUGUAGUUUGGGAAAUAGGAUGCUGCGUUUACGGUAGGCUCGUAAAACGGUAAACCGAAGAAGUUAAUCUGAGAUAAUGGUUCGCAUAAUUUCUUUACCUUAUCAAAACACAUCACCAACUAGAUCCUCAACUGUAUUAUUAAGUCGUAUUCGGGCUGGUCACUCGGUUUCAUUAUCACUUUGGAAAGAAGAGCUCAUAGUUUUCAAGGAACAGAACUUUUGUUUCGGCAACGAAACUAUUUCCCCCCUCACGUGACGUCAGUCUGUGUCACGCUACGCUGUGGCGCCGUGCUGUAGUGAUCCACCACUGAGCCAGUGGACAUGAAAGAAGUCACAUAAUAAAAUACUUUUGUUAUUAAUAUACUGAGUUAUAAAUGUGAAAGGACCAACAAAACAUGUUCAACCUUGUAUUGAUCCACAGUAAACACAUGUUGAGCUGUGCCUGCUGCUUCUUCUUCGUCAAAGACAUAAUGGAUUUACCUCUUGAUCAAAGACAUUUUUCUUUAAAAUAAUAAAUAUCAAUAGGUUCUUUAAAUGCAAAAAAUGUUCAACGCAUCAAUGAAGUCUCUUGUGGGCAUAUUUGCAAUACUAGUAUACCAGUUAAAUGCACCAACGUUUGGCUGAUAUCUGAUAAAUUAGUUGAUGGACAGAACAAUAAGCUGCAAAUAUUAAUAUAUGAAUAACUGUUUUGAUAGGCAUUCAUUAACUCAUUAAGUUCUGACGUUUUAUAGACAAGACAAUUGAUUUAAUAAUUGAGGAAAGAAACUUCAGAUUGAUAAAUAAUGUAAACUAUCAUGGUUUACAAUCCUACAACAGUGAGAAAUUGAGUUCAAAUGUUGGCAUUUAGGUUUGCAGUGUUACAGUUAGACCAGAAACGCAUCACUGAGUCAGUUGGAGUUCACCUGGAGUGGAAGACACCCGAGGGAGACACCUGACCACCACGGGGCUAACACAACUAAUGGACUCACGUUUGUGCCUGUUGAUGGUGUACAAUCACUGUCCAGGCCUUUGCUUGUCUCUGGAAUGUGGGAUUAAACAUAAAUGGAAAAACACAAUUGCAUCAAGUCCUCGCAGGAAGGGUUUGGCCUGAGGAUCAAAGCCAGGUCCCUCUGGUAGUCAGGCAACAGAUGUAAUCAUGUUGUGGUCUAAGAGGUUUGCCGUGGUUUUAAGGACGACCUGUGCUGUUUUUUUGGAGGUGUCCUUUUUCCCCCAACAAGCUCUUAUGGCUUUAACCAUUGACUGAACAAACACAGGAACAUCUACAUUUGAAUAUUUCAUUUAAAAAAAAAAAAACACCAGGCAGAAAUUAUAUACAUACAUUAUUCUAAGAUGAAUAUUUAAUGUUGUGUAAUACAUCGUUUUGAUUUGUGUCCCAGAUUGUAAUGAUUUUCAGACAUGGACGACAUAAACCUUCAUUACCGCUUUCUGAACUGGAGGAGGCGAAUUCGAGAAAUUCGUGAAGUGCGAGCAGUGCGAUACCGGGAGCGGCUCAAAAGGAUGCUGAGAGACGGAGACGUGCUCAGGUAUCAUGGGAAUUCAGAUGAAGUUGGCUGUUUUGUUGCAGCCAGGCCAUUGUCGAGAAGAAAUCGCUACUUUGAAGUGACCAUCAUCGAUACCGGAGUGCGGGGAAUGAUUGCUGUUGGUUUGGUGCCUCAGCUCUACAAGCUGGACCAUCAGCCCGGAUGGCUCCCACACUCUGUGGCUUUUCAUGCUGAUGAUGGCAAGCUGUAUAAUGGCAACACUGUAGGACAGCAGUUUGGUCCAAAAUGCUGCAGAGGAGACAGAAUCGGCUGUGGAGUUUCUCUGGACUCUGAUGAUGGACAGCUAACUGUGUUUUUUACCAAAAAUGGCAAAGAAGUCGGCAGUGUGGACAUCCCAGCGUCUCCUGACGCUCUCUUCCCCGCAGUGGGAAUGCACUCUUUGGGAGAAGAAGUGCUGCUGGACCUGAACGCUGAAUGGGGGACGGAAGAGGAUGAUGGACAGAUGAUCGUGGAUAGUCAUGAGGAGGACUGGGGCCGUCUCCAUGACAUCAAGGUGACCGGCACGCUGCUGGAGUACGUGGGUAAAGGGAAGAGCAUCGUGGACGUGGGCUUGGCUCAGGCCCGCCGGCCUCUCAACACACGCUUCCACUACUAUGAACUGGAGAUCACAGAUGCUGGAGAGAAGUGUUAUAUUGCCCUGGGGCUGGCACGCAGGGACUACCCCAAAAACAGACAUCCAGGUUGGAGCAGAGGAUCUAUAGCAUAUCAUGCAGAUGACGGAAAGUUGUUCCAGGGCAGUGGGGUCGGGGACGCGUUUGGACCACGCUGCUUUGAAGGGGACAUCAUGGGCUGCGGGAUCAUGUUCCCGCGUGACUACAGCCUCGAUGGUGGAGAUGAUGUGGACGACUGGGACCUCGAUGUGAUUCCCAAACCCAGCGAGGUUCAGAAUGACUUGUAUGCAAACAAUGAAGAUGAGGAGGAUGAGGGAGAAGAUUUGGAAGGGAGGAAGGUCACGGUGUUCUUCACCAGAAAUGGAAAGGUUGUGGGCCGGAGGGACGUGGCCUUACCUGUAGGAGGCUGGUACCCCACGAUUGGCAUGAUGAGCACUGGGGAGAAGGUCAGAGUGGACCUGCACCCCCUUAGCGGCUGAGCAGAGAACGGAGGAAUGGUGGAGCUCUACUAUAUCUUUGGAGAUCAGAUAACAAAUAUUACCUCCACAUCAACAGGCUCCAAGAUGUUACUUGAAAAGUCACUCCAGUGUAGAAGGUGACUGAGACUCAUGCUGUAAGAAUGAUCAAAUUAAUUUAUGUUAAUAUAACAUGCGUGCCUCAAAGACGUACUUUAUAAUGAAAUGGUUUUACAGAAAAGCAAUAAACCAGAGGUUUGUGUUGGUGACACACUAUUUUUGAUAAUUUCAUCACACAGAGUGUAAACUAACAUAAAAUACCAAAAGAAAAGCGUCUCACCAGAAUAAUGAAUGUAAAAAUCCAAUCAGAGCAGACCCCAGCCUACACAUGGACCCUUUCAUCAGCAGUAAAUAUGUAGCAGUCCUCUCACAGCCUGCUGCACGUCUUGCUAACGGCGGUGUGCUACUGACACUCAGUGGUGAGUGAGAGUGGUAGUCUGAAAAAGAAUGCUCAGAAAAUCCUCCAAUAAAAGAAGUGGCGCACUGAAUGAACCGUGAGUUUACUCUGUGGAGCAAUGUCCGUAAAAUGAGCUGCUUUACGAGUGCCGUUCUGUACGAGUAUGAGUGCUUGGUUUGUGCAAGCCACAUGCAUUAGGAGUUAUGUGAUAGUUAAGUGUAAGAACGACUUGUUGAGGUUAAAUCUAAAACAUUUAACUGUUACGUUGGUGUAAGAUGUUUUAAAAAGCAAGCUUCCAAGUCAAUCAUUUAUGAUGAGCUGUUGUCUUUUUUUUAUUCAGGUAUGAUUUUGACUGAAUGGUAGACGAUGUACUGUCAUGACAAACAUGUAGGUCGUAGUCACUCCAAAGCUUUUUAGAGAAACAUUUGUGUCUAAAAGAUGCGACAGGUAAACCCAAAUCAUGUCAUACGCUUUGAUCAUCGCUUUGAUUUCAUCGCUUUGAUUUUGUUUUUCCAGUAUAGAGAUAUUUGGUGUAUAUAGUUUAUAUAAGUAAAAUAUACAUCCAUAUACAAUAAACGUGUUCUCCGAGCACAUAUUUCAGAUUUCCUAAUAGACACACAAACAAACCCAAAUAAUGCCAAACUUAGUGGAGCCUUUUUGAUACAAAAAGACACAUUAGAAGUCACGAUGUUGAGUGUAUUGUCUGUAGAUCACAGGGUGUUUUGGAUGAAGUGGACACCAAAGUGUCUCAAAAUGGAAAAACUAUGAAGAGCAACUCAAAGCCUGUCAGGAAAAGACUAAUUAAGGACAUAACAUGGUAAAGAAGUACAUUUUCCACUAGUUCAAUAUCUUGAAAAUGAAGCCAUACUGUAACUAUUAUUUGCUGCUCUCAGGUGUAUUUGAAAAUCUAAAUUAAGUACCUUGUCUUUUCUAUGGUUAUUGCUGUGAUUUCGCUGUAUGUUAAAGUCAACCAUCGAUUGCUAAAAAUCUGUAAUUCGUUUUUUGUUUUUGGUCAGAAUGAAUCUGUUUUUGACAUUGAAUACUGUUAAAGUAGAAUACUGACUCCACUGUCAAUAGUAAAUGAUUGUUUUCAUAUUGUGACACCAAAUUGUACUCAAAACACCUCCUUUUACAAAGAUUGUAGCGAUAAAGGAGGUGCUUCUGCAGAUUUCUGUGAUACUAGUUCUGAAUUACUCAUAAAAAUACCACAAUAGGUUGUUAAUUGUUACUGCAACUUUUAGAGGAUUUAUUUACUUUACAUUAUCAUAUAGUUUCCAUUUCAUAUUAAAUCUGACAUCAACAGAUGUAAGGACUUCUUCAGGCUUAGCCUGCUGUUAAACAUUUGACCUAAUGAACAAAGUGCCUGUGUGAACGUGUCCAGUCUGGACCCUUAAUAAAUGAUCCAUGUAGGUUUUGGAAAUGGA